AUCAGAUCUGAUCUGCGCGCUCAUCAUCCUCUCAUACUUAACAUAUCGAUCGGGAGAAACCGGCCACCCACCGCCGAUCUCCGAUCUUCGACGCCGCUGGCCACCCACCGCUCCUUCGUUCACCGCGGCGCACCGCCACACGCCACACGCCACAGAUCUGCUCCGAUCUCGCCGGCCACCCGCCGCCGUCUCCUUCUAUCACCGCGGCGCACCGCCACACGCCACAGAUCUGCUCCGAUCUUCAACGCUGUCUGACGCCACCGACCGACCGCCGUCUGCUUCGCGACGCACCGCCACACGCCACAGCCGCGGCCACCCACCGCCGUCUGCUUUGUUCACCGCGACGUCGCACGCCCCCACCACGACCAGCCGCCAUCCCCGCCGGCGCCACUGCCGCCUCCCCGGCCGCCGAUCUGCAGAGUUUUCGCUGGAUUUACUGAUUUACACCAAUUGAAGUCCAAACACCACCAGGAACAAGGUGUCUGUUUAACGGUGAAUUUUCAGCUGCAUAAGCAAAUUUGUUUAGGAUGGCAAACCGACCUCAGAUCCGCACCAGCAACUCGGCACUCAUUGCUAUGAUUGGUGAUGAGGAUACAAUCACUGGAUUUUUAAUGGCUGGAGUUGGCAAUGUGGACUUGAGGAGAAAAACAAACUACCUUAUUGUGGAUUCAAAAACUACGGUGAAACAGAUUGAAGAUGCUUUUAAAGAGUUCACUACAAGAGAGGACAUUGCAAUAGUGUUGAUCAGCCAAUAUGUUGCAAACAUGAUAAGGUUUUUGGUUGAUGGUUAUAACACGCCGAUACCAGCCAUCCUGGAGAUUCCUUCAAAGGACCAUCCCUACGAUCCUGCACAGGAUUCCAUUCUUUCACGAGUGAAGUACCUCUUCUCUACCGAAUCUGUGGCAUCUGGACGACGCUGAACUUGAUGAUUCUUGUUUCUAAACCGCCCUUUUAGAGUUUAGACUCUACUCAUCUGCACCUGCAUUUAUUUAAAUUCAUUUUUGAGUAAUAAUUCCUUGUGCUGGUUGUUACUUGUUACUAUAUCUAUAUGUUUUGCCAGCAAACUGAAAAUUUGUAGCAUGGAGAUCUGAGUACCUAGGUCACCUGCUUGACAUUUUCCUUGUGGUUUACACUCACAGGAUGCAAUAAAAUGAUUUAUACCCCAGAAAGGGUAGAGAACAUCCAUCUUUGAGCU